CAAUCAGGCACAAUUUGUCGUUGCAUAACAGAUUUAUGCGCGUCCAGAACGAAGGCACAGGAAAAUCAUCAUGGUGGAUGAUCAAUCCGGAUGCGAAGCCAGGAAAGUCGGUGCGAAGGAGGGCAGCGUCAAUGGAGACGAGUAAAUUUGAGAAGAGACGAGGCAGAGUCAAGAAGAAGGUGGAGGCUUUGAGGAACGGUCUUGCAGACGCCACGCCGAGUCCCAGCUCAUCGGUGUCCGAGGGCUUGGACAUGUUUCCAGACUCUCCGAUUCACAGUUCCGGCGGUUUCCAAUUGAGUCCGGACUUUAGGCCGCGCGCCUCUUCGAACACCUCCUCGUGCGGCCGUCUGUCCCCGAUCCCAGCGGUCGUGGGCGUCGAGCCAGUCUGGAGUUCCCCGUCGCAAUUCCAAAAUUCUAAUUACAGCCCAGAAAUGAGCGGAAACUACUCACCGGACCAGCUCGCCGGCAACCUGGAGCAGGGCAUGAAGAUACAGCAAGACUACUUGGGGUACAUCAAUGGACAGCAGCCUCCUCAGCAACAACAGCAGCAGCAACAACAGCAGCAGCAGCAGCAACCACCACCGCCGCCACCACCAUACACUGCUCCGUACGAGAAUUUCUGUCAGCACUCGAUACACGGCUCAUCCCCCUACGGUCACAAUUGCGGAAUUCACCGCCUACAAUCCUGCGGUUGCUUAAACCUCCAAUGCAAAGUCGAGCGUAUGUCGCCAACGAGUAUGUCUCCAUCGUAUCCACAAUCGGAACCAUCUCCGGAUUCUCUGAACAGUCAAUACAACAUAAUGAGGGGGAGCAUCCAAAGACCGCCGUCCAGUAGUCCACCGCUGACGCCUCAGUCGAUGACCCAUGGGAUGCCGUCGACGAUGAUGGGACAGCUGAUGAACACCCUGAACAGCGGCGCCCUGGACGAUCUCAACAUCGAGUCGUUGCAAGGCGGUUUCGACUGCAACGUAGAGGAGGUCAUCAAGCACGAGCUGAGCGUGGAUGGAAACUUGGACUUCAACUUCAGCCAUCAGAACCUGAACGCUCAGCAGGAGGCAGCAGUGAACAACGCACAAUCCGCACCGCCCCCGGCCUACUCGGCCACAGUCACAACGCCGUCCUGGGUUCAUUAACGUAGGAAACAUUUAUUAAUAUAUAUAUAAAAAAGGGAUGGAAUUCCAUUCUGAGAGCUGUGGUGUCGUGCAUCUAGAAGAAUUCACACUACUACUACAACAAUCGUCGUCGUCGUCGUUUCGUAUUUUGAUUAUGUGUUUGUUUUUGUUUUCUCCAAGAGAAAAUUAACGAAAAUUAAACUGAUCGGUAAUCGUUUUGGAUCAUCAUCGUCGACCGUUCUCUUCGUUGUGGCAACUGUUGAGACAAUGUAAUCUUGUUAUAAUAUGAUCUCGUGUUAUGCUCAUAAUAAUUGUUUGUACAGAAUUUACACAAGGAAGAAAUGAUAUAUUUAUACAUAUAUAUAUAUACACACAGGCGCGCAUCUAUGAAAUAAAUAAAAAAAAGAUAAAUAAAUUGGUGACUUUCGGAUGGAUUUGGGAUGGAAAAAUAGUGUUCGUUUGUUUUAUAUAUAUUAUUAUUAUUAAUUUUGUAAUUAAGUUUCUUGGUUUAUACUUUUCGCAACUUGCGUUUUCGUCCUCCCGUCCUCCCUGUAAAUUUAUUUAUGUGUAAAUUCAGGACGGAGGACGCGAACGGCGAGAGACUGACAAAGUGAGAAAUAGGGAAACUCUACGUGAGAAGUGGAAUAAUGCUUUUUAUGUCUAAUAUUAACAAAUAAGUGUUGAAUAUUUUUAAUUGCAGUCAUAUUUUUUUUUGUUUUUGUUUAAUAUUAUCAUCAUCCAGUCAUUGGUGCCAUUACUAGUUUUAUUAUGAUUUCUCCCCUCUUUCUUUAUAUAUUUUUGUUUUCUGUCCUUAAUAUAACUUCUUGUACGUUUAAUCUUAUCAAGAAUCAUUAAGUUUUUAGUUUCGUUUGACGCAGUUUUCUCCAAUUCGUUGUUUCAUUCUUUUAAUUUAACAUUUAAGGCCAGAACAUAUUGCAUAUAGGAAGAAGAAGAAGAAAAAAAGAAGAUGAAAUGAAUUGUAAAAAAAAACUAUAUAAAUAAAUAUAUAUACUUGUAAUAUAGGAGACGCAGAUGUGGGAAAUUAUUAUAUUUUUAAUUUGUUUAAAAGGCGCGAAAAUUGAAAAUAAAAAAAACCCAGAAAAUGUAAGACGAAAAACAAUGGUAAAUUGUAAAAAAUAUUGAAAUGUGCUCUCGUUUUCUUUUGUUUUUUUUUUAUUUCUUUUGGGUCGCAAAUGUACACAUAAACCAUACGUUCGUACAUUCUGUAAUAAAUGAAGCAAAAACAAAAAAAAAAGUAUAAAUAAUAACUGACGUUGUAUAUAGUGUUUAGAUGUUUAGGUGCUUUCAUGUACCUUUUUUUUUGUUAA